GGUGCAAAGGGAUCCAGGAAGUGAUAGUUGGAGCAGUUAAGAGAGUGCUGCCGCAGGGAGAGACACUAAAGAUUGUUCUCUUGUGAAGGACCAUGUGGGAUCCCAAUGCAGGGCAGCCAGGUGCCUUCCCCGGAGCAGCACAUCCCCCCAACCCUUCUUACCCAGGUGGCUUCAAUCCUGCAUACCCACCUCCUGUGAACCCUGCAUUCCCUCCAGCACCUAUGCCGGCUGGCCCCUGCCCUGUUCCCCCAGUAGGGAUCCCAGGGCAACCUGCCUAUCCCCCUGGCCAUCCCAUUCAGCCCCCGUAUCCUGGUCAUCAGCCUAUCCUACCUGGUGGUCCUUUUCCCCCACUUGUUCCUGGGAUGCCAGGAGGAAUCGGAGUCAAUCCAUUGAUGCCCGGGGCUGCUGCUGUGGGCGCCUACCCGAUGGACAAGAAAGCUGCUAAAAAGAUGAAGAAGAAGAUGAAGAAGGCACACAAAAUGAAUAAACCACACCACAAGGGGCAUGGAAAGCAUUCCUCCUCCUCUUCCAGCAGCAGUGACUCUGACUGACAUGUCUCCCUACUUUCCAGCUGCGUCCUUUUCCACCAUGGCUGAUCCUUGCACUGCUCUUCCUGCAUUCAUAGAAAAUUCACUAGAUUUGUUACUUACUAGAUAAAAAUGACAUCUGCUUAAUUUUUGUCUGCCCCUCCAAGAUGGCCAGUCAUCAGGCUUAUCCAUAGGACUAGUGCCUGCUGAUUAACCAGCCUGCUGUGAUCAGCUGUUUGGGAGGCUAGAGCACGAUUGGCUUCAAAGCAGUAUAUCUGCACCUUUUGGCAAUUGUGAUUUCAUUUCUGCAGCCAAUCAAAUCAUCUCCUGGCGCUCCAAAUGUUUUAUUGGGAACUAACCAAAUGAUUAUUUUGAGGUUGGUUGGGAGGUCCAAAUCCACCCAAGUGCUUUUAAAAAUUAUUGUUCACCAAAGUAGUUCUUGAAUGUACGUAGUGCCUGGAAAAAGGACAAAAAAGGAGCGAUUGCUCAAUAUUAUAACUGCGUUUGGAAAGUGUUGCUUAUUUAAUAUAAACUAGAAUAAUCCGCUUUCAAAGAAAUCACAAAAUGUGCUGAAUCAGGGAUAAUGGCAUAACUGUAUGCAUGCAGAAAUUUAUUGUGAGAUUUCCUUCUCGGUCACUCAGAAAUAUACAUACAUUCAUGUAUUUAUGGCAUAUUUUAGAAAGCUUAAUUUCUCUAGCAUACAAAUAUUUUGGUGGCUCAGGGUUUGCUUCAAAGAAACACUUUUUCAUGGCUGCGAUCUUAGUUUGCUUGAAGUUUGUAUUUGUGAUAGCAGUAUCUUAGUAAAUUGCUCCAGGGUAUUGAAAGAUCAUACUACAUACAUAUUGCAUGAUAUGUUCCAAACUUCUGCAUUUGGAAGAAGCAUUUUCUCAUUCAUUAGUUCAACAUUGCUGAUGCCCCAUUUAAACUGGCUGCUUAUAUAAUACUUAGAUGUGUUUCUAAAAUGAAAGGAGAAGAUUGCAGUUAGCCAGUUUUUAAAGAGAAAAAAACACAACCACAUCAUUAUCCAGCAUGGCACAAUUUGAGAUUUGCAUUGGAUAUCCAAUAAUCUUGGGUGGGGAUUCAAAAGCCCCUCCAGAAGUACCCACCAAAUUAUAGCAUUUAAUGGGACAAAAAUACAUAAAAUAUAUUGGAAAUAACUUUAGUAAUUGUGUUAAUAAUCACGUUUAAGUAAAGGGAUUAGUAUGUAAAUAAAAAAAACUUUAUUAUGUACAUUCCAGCUCAGUUUGCAUCUUGCAAUGCAUGUCAGAAAGACUAAACAAAAAUGUCACAGCUAUCAUUCCUGAAAACUCUGUCCACCCCUAAGUUGCACAAUGCCUACAAGAUUGAACUUAAAAGAAUCAUGUCUUGUUAGAAAUGUGUUCUAUUUUACAGAUUCUUUUUCUGGCCAGUGACAAUAAUUACAAGUCUGAUUUUUGCUUGUCCUAAAAUUGCUUCUCCCUUGAUAAAAAGAUUUUGGCUUUAAUGCUCA